GCAUAUGUAUGUGAUGAUCAUAUCUUUAGAAAAAUGCAUGUUAGAUGUUAUCUUUGAUAACUGGUUUAUAGAUUAGUAACCGCGUAAAAUAAAUGUAAAUUCAUACAUAGUAAAGUGUUGUAGAGCGACCGGUUCAAGUCAUAAUACUUGGUCAACACGCCAAGUCGUGAGAUGCGCCGGGAAAAUCCGACCUAAGUGAUGAACUACUGAGUCAUGUCAUGACCACGUCGUCGUAACCAAGUGUAUAUAUACUCCCUCUACUUUACCCAUCAUAACCAUAACUCCUAAUUUUCUUUCUUAAUUAAACACCAAAAAAUAAUUCUUUCUCAGGAAAUAAUUAUCUUUACCUGUUUAUUUCGAAGCUCUUGUUUUUCUUGUUGUCGGUGCAACACAAAAUGAGGAGGGUUAGUUGGCCUACUAUUUUGAUCAUGGUGAUCGUGGCGUUGUUGGUGGUAGAACACGUGGUGGUUCCAGCCGCGGCGGGGAGAGUAUUAACGGAGAAGUUGGGAGACGGAAGCGCAACUAUGAUGAGGGUGGAGAAGAUGACGUCGACGGUGGAUUUUUGGUUUCAGCGUUUGGCUUCGGGUCCGAGUCCAAGGGGUCGCGGCCAUUAAGUUACUCAAGCUCCCUUUAUUACGAGUGAAGGCGAUUUAAUUUUUGUUUUAUUUGCAUACCAAAACAAACGGUCAAUAACUGUAUUCCAUUCAUUUAUUUCUUUAUUUGUUUGUUUUCUGUUAAGCAAAUUGAUAUAUUGAGUUCAGGAGCAGAAAAACUAAACCAUCAAUGUAUACAUGUACAGUUGUAUACUUGUAUACAUAGCGUUGCUUUAAUUUCAAUAAGAUUUUAUACUCUGCUUUUA